AUUAAAAAAAAAAAAGCAGAAAAGUGAAAAGCGGAGUAGUGACUGCUCCAAGAAUAUUUUAAUUUUUAUUUGUAUAAAUAAUUCAAGUACAUUUAAGUUUUCGCAAUUAUUUUUCAUAUAAUAUAAUCCUGUGGUUCGUUGUAAUUUACAAUCGAAGCUACAAAAGUUAAUUCAAAGAGACAUAAUUGUUUGUUUAUUAUAUUUACAAUAAAAGUUAAACUUAAUACAAAAUUAUGGAGAACCGACAUGCUCCGCCCGGAGUCAACUCACGAUCAGAAACUGCUGCACAGUCUGCUGCUGAUUUGGAGGUCCUUCGUGAAAUAGAGCACAUAUACUUCUCUCCGCCCACUGAGUUUGAUGCAGCUAAGUACGCGCUGGAACACGCACCGUCUCCACCCGACUGUGAGGCUAUAGAACGGAUGUUUACUAAGUUGAAGAGGCAACAGCAGGUGGUAUCAGGCAAAGCACUCCAUCUCAUCUCCCAACAAAGGGACAACUGCGACAGAGAAUUCGCCGAAAUCCAGAACAUCCGAGAACAACUCACACAAACACUAGAAACGUGUAGAAAAGCGAGGGAACGCUUAAAAACAGCUUCCAACCACCUCACUAUAUCCACCUUUGUCAUACUCGCUAACGUUAGAAAGAGACAAAUAAUCAAAUCUGUGUUAAAAUCCUUAGAAUUGUUGCAAAGUUUACGCAGCGUUGAAAAGGACGUAUCUGAUUUGUUGAACAAAAAGGAGUAUUUCGAAGCUAUAGAUUUAAUUUUGAAAAGCAAAAAAGCAGCUAAUAACCACAAGGAAUACACAUGUAUAGCAGACUUAAGUACAAGGCUGCAAGACACUUUGGAUAUGACGGAAGAAAAACUGGACUCAGUCCUUUCUGGUCUUUGUCAUAAUUUCGAUGAAGACGUGUUCAAGAAACUGAAAAAGGCUUACGACUUACUCGGAAAGACCCAAGCUGCUAUGGAACAGUUGCAUAUGCAUUAUUCUUCAGCAGUUAAUGAGUCAGCAAUGGAAGCCGUCAAACCGUUUCUAAACGAAUACACAAUAGAAAUGAAAUUUCAGGAAAUGUGUCAAUCCGUCCCGACCAAUAAGGCAACAGUUUGCCUUCUGAACCUAUGCGAAAAUCUAUUUCACGUCAUGCGAAGUUAUUAUCUCCUUGUAACUUGGCAUUUAAAGAAUGAGGAAAUCCAACCGAGUUCAAACGUUUUCGACAUCGAAAAGAAUGUUAGUCGAGAGUACAUCAAACAGAAGUUAAAAGCCGGUUUGAUAAGGAUAUGGCAUGAUGUGCAAGCGAAAGUAUCGAUUUUCCUUAAAAGCUCGGGUCUUGAGGAGUUCCCUUUCGAGAAGUUCAUCCAAAUGCUGGGUAUCCUGAGGAAGUUAACACAAGUUGCCGAAAUAUUUUGCGGCGACAAAUCUGAUUUGUUGCAAGACUUUAUCAAAACCCAAUCCGUGUCGUACAUAAAGAAUUAUCACAGAGGCAGAAUGGAGGAACUUAAACUUUUCCUCGAGAACGAAGGUUGGGAACAAUGCCCCGUUAAAGCAAACUUCAAUAUCUUAAACCUGCAAGAGUUUAAACAGUUUAAGAAGUACUUAAACCCGAAAUCCGAUUCGAUAACUAAAGGAACUUUGUCUGAUGCAACGUCCUCCGUCCCAUCUCAAGACGACAGCGUCUAUAUAGCAAAGUACUUUGCCCAAAAAACUUCAAGGACGCCUUUUGAGAUUUUUCGAAACGAAAACGUUACCAACGACGACAUAUUUGGUCUCGAACCUGAAUCGGAAGAAAGUGACGAAUCGGAUGACGAACCGGACGAGUUGAGACGAGAUUUCGUCGAGGAUAUGGACGCACAAGAUUAUAAAACACUACAGAGCCCGUCGAAAAUAAAAGGAAGCGUAAUAGUUACUAACACGACACUAUCAGUUCUUCGGAAUUGUGGACAAUAUCUCCAAAUAUGUAGAUACUUACCCCAAAUUUCGUUAGAAGUCAUAAUGCUUAUGAAUCAAUUAUUCGACUAUUACUUUUACGCGGUACACUCAUUCUUCACCUCCGAUUUAGAAGUCGCCUCAUCCACUUUAUAUGGUACAAAGUUAAAUUUAGUUUUGAAACGGAUCUCUAAUAGCAUAAACGGGGCGGAUGAAACUAAGUUUGAAUGUCCGAGUAAUCCACAACAUUUGGACAUGGCUUCUGAGGAGAAUUUACAUGGGUUGAGCGAGAGAAUCGUUGGGGUGGAAAGCGUUAUAUUUUUGGCUAAACAAUUUGAAUUACUCCAGCCUUAUUUGGAGUCAAUAGUUUUACCUCACCAACGGAUGAUUUUAGAGCAUUUUCGAGACAACACUUUAGCAGUUGUAGAAGAUUUAAGAAAGCCAGUAUAUAUGUGCUCUGCAUCUAAAGCUGUAGACGCAAGAUCUGCCUUAAUAGCUAUGUCCCAAGUCAGAUGGGACGUUAAAAACGUCGCAGUGGAACACAGUCCUUAUGUCGAUAUGAUAAUCCGGAAAAUUCAAGUGUUCGCGUUGCGUUUAGAAAACAUUUCCUCGAGAGUGACUUUAAAUUUGAGGGUAGUUAACUCAAUAUGGAGCAUGGUUUCGAAAUUCGUUGUGCAUUUGUUGGUUGAAGGAUUUUCCAAUGCCACGAAAUGUUCUAACGGAGGUAGAGGGCUUAUGCAACUAGAUUACAGGCAGUUAUUUGUGAAGUUAGAGAAAAUUUCCGGUUUAAAACCUGUUCCUUACCAAGAUUAUGUAGAUAAGUAUGUUAAAGCAUAUUAUUUGCCGCGAAAUGAGUUGGAAAUCUUCGUCAGGGAUAGUACAGAGUACUCGAAUAAGCAUUUGUUAGCUUUAGUGAGUUGUGCGUGUGAGAAUAAAAGGGAUAGGCAGGCUCUGACAGCUAUCAUUGAAAGUAGAGAUGUGGGUAGUUGAAAUAUAUUUUUAGCGUUAAAAAGAUUUGAAAAAUAUAAGUGUAUCUAAAAAAUUAAAUCACUACUAGACUGUUCACUAUAACUUGUUCUCUACCGUUAUGUUGGCACCACUGCAAUUCACACAAUAAUAAUUAUAAACGUGGAGUUCUAAAGA